UUUUUCUUGUUCUCUUAAAGAAACAAUUGAGCGGAAAAUGGCAACCCAGGACCGUUACUCAUAUUUGAUUCUGUGCCUGACCUUUUUUGCAUUCAGCUGCUGGGCUCAGAUAAUCUUCCCAGGUGGCAGUAAGAAACCUCAAGUUGGCUCAAGAACUUCUCAAUGUCCUGCUGGACAACUGAAGUUUGCCAAUGGAUGUCAUCCUGAAUGGACCAGAGGAGCACCCUGUCCAGAAAAUCAGUGGCUUACUAAAGCUGAUGGGUCAGCAACUGAUGGCAAAUGCAGUCUAAAGCCAUGUCCAGGCAACCAGCUUCUCUGGACCAUCCCAGGCAAUCCCACAAGAGUCUGUGCUUCCGCUUCCUUCGGCAUUGAUAAGUGCCCUGAAGUCAGGCCGAACCACGUGUCAGUCACUGAUAAGGUCAGGGGCACUGGUCAAUGCGACUGUUCCGCCGGACUAGUUUUCUGGCCAGCAGACGACCGCUGCUACCAACUUUAUUCCAGGGGUCCUUGCCCCGAGGGCCAGAUCCUGGUCUAUGAUCCUUUGGCCAAGUUCAUCAGCUGUCAGACCAAUCCUUGCGAUGCUGAACUGAAUGUUUUGUGGAAUGACGGGGUCUGUUACGCAUUGAGUACAACUGGACCUUGCACAGGUGAAAAUGAAGGGAUUGUUGUCAGUACAACAGACUUGGUCCCCAUCUGCGAACCCUUGGUCUUGAAACAACUCAUCAAUGUGCAAUCCAAGUGCUCAGCAGGAACCAGGCGUGAUUUCAAUGGAAACUGCAGUCAAACAACCUUCUUCCUUCCUUCCAUGGGUGUUGGUGGCGCUUGUGAGAAGGGCUUCAUUCGCAAACCAGAUGGCACUUGUGCCAAAUGGUUCUGAACUUCUCAUUCAGAAAAACAAGAUAUUUCAAGCAUCCGAAUGUUUUUGUCAAAAAGUGUCAGGAUUCGUUUUCUGUAACUUCCAGCAAGCAAUCAAAAUAAAGUCUGGGGCAGCCAGAAGAUAUGCAUGGAA